ACCCAGCCCUCAUCAGGAAGCAGGAAAUGCCACAGGAAGUGCUCUUACCCCCUGGGGAGGCUAUGGACAAUGCUGGCGCCGUACUGGGAGUUUAGGUCCAUCACAUGAGAGAUUGCAGAAGCUAUCACUGUCUAUCAGUUCGAAAGAGUGAAAGGUUUUAAUUGUGAAUGUUGUGACUUUACCUGGAAUAAUCCAACCAACACCGUCAUGGUACAAGCCACCAGGAUUCUCUGGGCUUCUCUUGCUUCUACAUCAACCUCCAUUAACCUUUCAUCUGCCACUGUCUCAUUCACACCUGUGAUGUUCACUGGACGCAGAAAGUGCUCAUCAGGAGCUAAGGUCAAAACUACAGAGCCCACCAUCAGACAGAUUGCAUCUUACCUUGUAAACAGCAUACUAGUCCUGUGGUGACCCCAGAAACGACAUCACCGGGCUCUGCUCAGCCGUUCUCGUAAACUCUGGAUCUCUUGGGCUUGUCUCUCAUGAACCUGGUCAAAGACCCGGUUUGAGUAGAUACGUCGUGACACGUGAAAAAAGAAAAGCAGAUUGAUUAGUUUUCAGAUUCAUUUCGAUUUGCUGCUGCCAAUGAAAAUGAUGCUAGAUAAGCGAACACUUAGAGGGUCUCACCUCCCCUGUGUCAGAACAAUCUGAUCGAACAGACCAAAAGAGCCCUUCUCCCUUUCUCUGGCUGUAUACUCCCUGCUCAAUAGACCAGCUCUUCCAGGUCUGCACUAAGAUCACUGAACCCAUUGACAUCAGAAACCCUUCCAAAAGUUGGGAGGGGAUCCAGUCUCCCUUUAUGAAUAAGGAGGUUCUCUCACACAAUCUCUAUACGGCGCUGAAUAUUCCUCAUGAUCCUGUGGCAUUAGAGGAGCACUUUAAGGACAAUAACAAUGGGCCAGUGUCCAACCAGGGCUACAUGCCCUACCUCAACAAAUACAUUCUGGCAAAGGCCACAGAGGGGACGUUCAGUAAGGAAACCUUUGAUGAACUGUGCUGGACUUUGACAUCAAAGAAGAACUGCAAACCCAGCAUUCAGCAGGGCCUGUGUUCACAAAAAGACUGCUUCAAACUCUUCUGUCUGUUCAACCUACUCUCUGAAGACCGUUACCCAUUAGUCAUCAUUCAGCCGGAGUUAGAGUACCUGCUGAAGAAAAUCUCCAGUGCAAUGAGCCUGGAGUGGGACGGGACGUUACUGGAGGAAAUUUUGUCCCAGAAUGCCGCUCUUCAGGAUGGCAUGUCAGUGUGGGAGUUCCUGGAGCAUUUGAGUGCUGGCCAGCUUUUGCAUGUUGAGCGUAAGGAGGCCUUCAGUCUCGCUGUGGACGAUGUUUUCAUGGAGAUGUACCACAACAUUAUCAAGAAGGGCUACCUGUUAAAGAAGGGGCACGUUCGCAGGAACUGGCAGGAACGUUGGUUUGUUUUAAAGCCCAAUAGUGUGAUAUACUAUGUCAAUGAGGACCUGAAGGAAAAGAAAGGAGAGAUCCUGCUGGAGGAGAGCAGUGUGGUGGAGAAUCUCCCCGAUAAAGAAGGGCGACGCUGCCUGUUCUGUGUGACGACUCCCGUCAGGACCUAUGAGAUGAGUGCCUCAAACGUGAAGCAGAGAAUAGACUGGGUACAAGCCAUGCAGACAGCAUUGAGAUUGAGGGCUGAAGGGAAGAGCUCUCUCCAUCAGGAGCUGAAAUUGAGCAGACGCAAGCAGAGAGAAACCCUUCAGAUAAGCCAGAGCAACCAGAGCAGCCACAGUGAACCCAUUGCAGUUGAGGCGCCGCAGCACUCUCCUCCAGAGCAGCAAGGGGAGACGGAGAACUUGGAGCAACACAUCGAAUGCAUCAUUCAAAAACAGAGAGAGGUGGAAGCAAAGCGUAAAGAGGAAGAGAAACGGGAGCGAGAGAAACAGCAGGCAGUACAGAGAGAUCUGGAGAGACAACUUGAAGAAGCUAAAGAGGCCAAAGAGAAGAUGACAGCUACGUUGACUCAGAUGGAGAAGGAGGUACAGCAGCAGAAGAAAAGGAUCCACGAAUUAGAGCUCACACAAGUUAAACUGGAGGAGGCGCUCAAUGCUCAGAUUCACGCCCGUUUAGAAGAAGACAGAAUCCGACAGGAACUGGAGAGGCAACUUGCAGAGGAGCAGAAGAAACUUGCAGAGCUUGUCCUCCAUCAAAGUCAGCUGUUAACCCUUGCUGUGAGGAGUCAGGAGGACUCUUACACCACAACACCUCCCAUCAGUCAGCAAACAGAAGAGAGCAGUCAACACAACACAGAGGAGGCACCUGUCCAUGAAUCGACUUCCACUGCAACACUACCCAACAUCCAGCAACCAGAGGAGAGUGGUCAGCAUAAUACAGAGAGAGAAUUGGUGAAUCAGGUUACUACCACUCAGAUGCUGAAACACUGGACAAUUCAGCUUAACCGCCUCAUGAAGCCUAUCACACCAGGAGACAAAGUUGAGCAUCUGCCAGUAAAGCCCACCUGCCCCAGACAGGGCCAGGCCCUCACCAGCACAGAGUUCAUUGCUAAGGUUCAAACAGGCAUCAGCCCAGAAAAAGGAAAUGGUUACAACCCAUCACCAACACAAGAAGAGGAAGAACAGGGUUCCUAAAUCUGUAUAUCUAUAAUAGAUUAGAUUAUACAUGUUUUGUACAGCUGGUUUGCUGUGUGUGUUUAAGUUUGGCUGCAGGUCGAAGUCUUAUUUUAUUGUUUAUGUACAUAGUAAUCAGCUUUUUAUCAUGUAAUAUGCACAAAAUUAAUAGUAAAAAUAGAUUCAGGAGGCGUUUAACUGUUUGAUAGCAGUAGUCAAACAGAUGCUUUAACUCUUUAAAUAAACGGUUCUACAUUUCAAGUUUUCCUGUUGGCAAAGAAAAUAUUUAAAGGCCCCUCAAGAUAUUUCUGGUUCUUCUGUUGUAAUGAAGUCUUUUGUGUAUACAGAAACUAGUAGUGGCAAUAUAUUCAUUAAUAAUAAUAUUAAUCAUUCAAAUUCCAAAGUCUUAGCAUUCAUUAUCUGAAUGUUUAACAGCAUUUACAUGACUAGUCUAGUCAUUUUUUUACCUACUAAAAGCAAUUUCUCACCCAAUAAAAUAUUUUAGAACAUGGCAUAACCAGGAAAUUUGAUCACGGUCAACUUCAAGUUGUUGAGGCAACAAAUUAAACUAUUAAAAUAUGAUGUCAGCUUACAUUUUGAUCAUUCGUUGUUUUAGCUUAUUUUUGUCUUGUUUCAAAUCAUUUUAGUUCAUUUUAGAUGUUUGCUCCAGCCUCCAGGUCAAGAAACCACUGCUUCAGAUAAUGCACUUGUUUCACAGUUAAUUUUGUGUGGAAUUCUUUGUUUGGUCAGUAGAGGGGGUGCUUGGUCUGGGCUGCAGUUUCAAGUUAACCGAGACCAAAACCAACCACACAUAUAAAUUCUACUUUUUCAGCACUUUCCCGCCCCCAGCCCUAUGGAUCAGGAGGCAGGAUCCGAAAAGUCAUUCUGAGAAUCCAAUCAACAUACUUUUUAAUUUUUCUAAUCACGUUUUUAACUUGACAGACCAAGUCGAAACAAUUUUAGGACACCCCAUUUUGUGCUAAAACGUGAAAGGAAUCAUGAAAUCUAUUUAUAGACCCAUGGAGGCCAGCAAGAAAGUACAGUUGAGUUUGUGGCUUUGAGGCUUCUGUUAAGAAUGAAUAAUGGUUCUCUCUGUUAGUUUUGGGUGGUCAUCAACAGACUGACUGUAAAUGAUCUUUGUAAAAAAAAAAAAAUGUUGUGGCCGUGAUUUUUCCAGA